AUGUCAACAACCAGUCUCAGAUCCCAGCUGAGGGAACAUUAUCUCACUUGUUCUAUUUGUUUCAACAGUUUUAUCAGACCAAAAGCUCUUCCUUGCUUACAUACUUUUUGUGAAGGAUGCUUGCGUGAUUAUAUUGUAAGUAGGGGAUACGAAAGCUCCGGUAAUUUUCCGUGUCCGGUUUGCAGAACCGACAUAACGAUGCCAGCGUCUGGUGUAGGCGGAUUUCCAGAUAACUAUCUGAUGACGUCUCUUUCGGAUACGAUUGAGAAUUCGACGCCAGCUAGACCCAUGCCUAAACCUAGACGUUCGCUUGGUCAGCCUAAUGUACAGCCAGAAAACGAGGACAAAUCGCUUCCGUCUUAUCAUAGUGUAGCUGAUACUCAUCCUGAUACCACCUCCGAGGAUCUCCCGGUAUGUGCUUCCAAAAGUUGCUGUAACGACACAGGUCUUGACUCCUGGAUGGCCGUGCCUCGAUUCACACCGUCUGCACCUCAGGCUGGCACAGAUUGCAAAGAAGAAUCCAAAAGUGGUCAGACAGAAUACUGUGUUGUUUCCGUGUCCAGCUCAGGUCAUUUGCCAGUUUCAAGUGGUUUACCAGCUACAGUUCCUUCCCAGAUUGGAGAAGCAAUUUAUGCAAAUGUCAACCCUGCCACUCCAAACCAGCCUCUCCCACUUCAUUCGGAUCAUGAUCAAGUGAAACCAGGUGUACCUGUUUAUCCGCAACUGUUUGAACAUCCACAAACUGUAAACAUGUCCCAUGGACCCGCUCCUAUUGGUUGGAACAUCGAUUUAAUAAACCCUCCUGCCCAUCCUGGCAUGCUUCAUCCACAAGCUGACAUCGACAGAAAUUAUAAAGCUAAACCUUUUACUGCACAUGAUGCCAGAUACAACCAGAAUACGGCUCAUAAACCAUCAAGAACUCCGCAAAUACUGUAUCCCGCAGUACCUCGGCAUACCGAACAGCCUAACACUGCUUGCACUGAAAAUCUGCUGCUAAAAUUUGGAAAGCAGGGAUCUAGUGUCCGGGAUCUCCUGAAACCAAUUGGCCUUGCUGUAAGCAAAGAAGGCAAUUAUAUAAUAUCAGACAGCAGCAGGGAAAAUAACAGAAUUUUCAUUUUUAAUAGUGGUGGUGAACUCAAAACUGCAUUCAACUGUGGAUGUAAAGCCAAAGAUGUUGCUGUAACUAAAGGAAAUGAAAUUCUAGUUGCUGUUCAUAAAAAUACAUCAGCAGUUAGACAUUUCACCAUGGCAGGGCAACUCAAAGGAGAAUACGGAAAGUCUUUCACUUUCGAGGAGCCUUGUGGUAUUGGCGAGCUUCAGAAUGGAGGUGUGGCUAUUACCGGCUUACAGAGUCACUGUGUCUAUGUUCUUACAGAUCAGAUGAAACUGGGAGUGAAGUUUGGCAGAAAGGGUAACGGAGAUGGCUAUUUCCAGCACCCAGGUUUCCUUGCUGUUGAUUCUAGAAACCAAAUCAUUGUUACAGAUAAAGUAAAUGGUUGUGUGCAAAUUUUCAGCACCGACGGAAAGUUCAGACAUCGCUUCGGGGUACCCGGGAGCAACCAUGGGCAUCUUCAAGCCCCUCUUGGUGUGUGUGUUGAUGACAAUGAUAACAUUAUAGUAGCAGACAGUGGGAACUGCAGGGUAGAAGUGUUUUCUCCCAGAGGCUUGUGGUUGAGCAGUGUGGUGGUAGGCACACAUGAACUUGGUGACGCAGUGAAGCCUGUAAAUGUUGCCUUUACCCCAACUGGACGAGUUGCUGUUUUACUGAGAGGGCCUUACUUUGCAGAAGUUCGAAUCUACACUUCAAGACAUAAAGAAAAUGGCCAGAAAGAGGGCCAUGUAAGCACGAAUUCAACACUUACUAAAUUAGUACUGAAUUAG